AUGUCUCCAGUAAUGGAUGAUUUAAUUAACUUAAAGUGUUUCUCAUUAACAAAUUAUAAUUACACUUAUGAGUAUGAAUAUGAUGAUUUAGUUGUGCCACUUCUUCGUCGUAUGACAUAUCUUGAAAAGUUAACUUUGUGUCUUCGUAUUCAAAAGGUUGGCCGAUUCGUCAGUGGUGCAAGUCUAUCUAUUGAUGAUGCACAUCUUCAUAAUGAAAUUCUUGUUCAUAUGCCUCAACUUCAUACAUUCAAAUUUUAUAUUAGUACAGAAACUAACGCUAUUUAUUCAAAUCUUCGUUUUUCCAAUGAUGAUAUUCAACAAACAUUUAUAAAUAUGAAAUAUGGACAAACAGCUUGUAUCAUGGAUUAUUAUGGUGCGUGUGGAACUUUAUGUCAUGUUUAUUCGCUUCCAUUCACAUUUACUCAUUUGCACAAAAUUACGACUCACUUUCCAUUUAUUGUAUUUGAUACUGUAACUAACUUAUUUGUGUAUGAUAUUUUUCCAUUCGAACAUGAAUUCUUCAUGCGAAUUAAUCAAACUUUUCCGUUACUCAAAUGUUUCACUAUAGAGAAUGAUCGGAGGGAGCAUUGGAAUUAUGAUGAUAAUCCAUCAUAUUCAAUUAUUGAAUCUACUCAUCUAACAUCCCUUGAAAUCACACAUGCGGGUCAAUAUUAUGUUGAACAAUUUUUGGUUAAAACGAAUACACUUCUACCUCGUCUAACUCGCUUAAAAGUCGAAUACAACGACUUGAAAACUAUAGCAACCAAUUUUACAAGAGAAGAAACGCGCCAUAAUUGUUCUAAGGUGAAGCAAUUAAUUGUCGAAGAGUUAAUCGUUUUUUCAAAAUAUGUUUAUCAAUAUUUUCCUUCAUUGUAA